AUGUCAGGCUACGUCCACCCGUUACCUGACGGCACAGUCACGAUCCAGACGCCACGCUUACUCCUCCGAGCCGCUCAGGCCAGCGAUGCAGAGGCGUUGCAUCUAUGUUUCGUAGAUACAGAAGUGAUGCGAUAUUGGUCUUCUCGACCACACAAAUCUCUUGAAGAGACCAAGGAGUGGCUGGCCAAAAUGGUGAACAGCAAAAAGACGAAUGGCAUCACCGAUUUUGUGAUCACACUGCGGGACAACGCACCAUCGUAUCUUUCGAUAUCACAACCGAAACACGUACAGAUAGAGACUGGUCCCAUUGAGUUGUCGAAAAGCAACAUUAGUCCGGCGAUAGGUAAGACUGGCAUCUUUGCACCGCUAGAUGCGAGCAUGUCGGGUGAGAUAGGCUUUCUCCUCAACCGCUCAUACCAGGGCAGGGGAUUCGGCUCAGAGGCUCUAACAGCUGUGCUGCGUUAUCUUUUCGAGCAAAAGGGUGUAGAGACAAUCACGACGGAUGUUGAUCCACGUAAUGGAGCAUGCAUCAGCCUCUUGAAGAAGCAUGGAUUUGUGCUCACGGGAAUUGCGAAGGAAAGCUAUAGAAUUGGAGAGGAGUGGGUAGAUACCAAGAGGGGAAAGGUUGACGUGUUCCACACGGCGCAGCUCCACGGCAACAGGGACAGACUUCCGAGCCUUUCAGUAUUCACAGCCUCAACGUUGCUGCUCCGGUUAAAGCGACCAGCAUAG